AUGGAGAAUAUUCAUACCUCCAGCCAUGGUUGUCGCGGCGGGUUUGACUUCACCUUACUAUUCGAAGAAUGUUUCUUCUCAAUUGCGCCCUCGUUUCUGCUCUUGCUCAUCCUUCUUGUUCGUUGGAAGCAGCUGCAACCCGAGCGGAUUCGUAAGGUCUCGCAAAGCUGGCUCUACUGGGCCAAAUUGGGCCUCGGACAAGCAUUUGGGGCAACUCAACUAGCAUUACUGAUUGUUUGGCUCUUGCCUCAUGCGCCACGAACACGAGCAUCCCUACCAGCUGCGGCCUUGUCUUUCGCAACCUCACUUGGCCUAUUGCUACUGUCGCAUUGGGAACACCUCUUCUCUAUCCACCCUUCCCACAUUCUCAAUCUUGCUUUAUCUGUGUCCCUUCUUCUCGAUGCGGUGCGCGCUAGAAGCUUAUGGCUUGCAUCUAAUACUACUAUCGAGGGACUCUAUUCAGCAGGUAUUGCAAUCAAGGCAACAUGGUUUUGCUUAGAGUCCCGCUCAAAGCACGCACUUCUGAAACAUGGUGAAGUUCAGUACGGCAAUGAGGACAUCACUGGUCUCUACAGUCGCGCCUUUUUCUGGUGGACAAACCCGUACCUCUUUCUAGGCUUCAAGUCUCUGUUCUCCAUCGACGAUCUGCCGCACCUUGACAGAAGCCUAUCCGCUGAUCUACUGCAUAAGCAGUUGAAUAGGUCAUGGAAUCGUGCCUCGAAACGUUCACACAAUGCUUUGGCUUACUGCAUGAUGUACACUUUCAAUUCCUCGAUCAUCUGUUCUUUCAUUGCGAGACUAGCAGUUAUUGGACUAAGCUACUCGCAGCCGUUCCUGAUAACGGCAUUGAAGGACUAUGUCGAGGAAGCCAAGCCUGACCGGAACAAGGGUUAUGGCUUGAUAGGCGCGUUUGGACUGGUGUUCUUGCUCAAAGGGAUAUUCGAUUGUCUCUAUCAGCAUCACAAUUACCGCCUGAUAACAAACGUCAGAGGCGCAGUAGUCUCCUUGAUUUACCAGAAGACCCUGACUCUGCGAUUCGAUGAGUACAGCGAGUCGGCUGCCUUGACUCUAAUGAGCAAUGACAUCGACAAUAUUGCGUUUGGAAUCCAAAACAUGCAUGAAGUGUGGGCUAGCCUUGUGGAAACCGGUAUUGCUCUGUACCUGUUGCAGCGGCAAGUCUCCUGGGCAGCGGCCGUUCCUGCCUUUGUUUCUCUCGUGGCUAUGCUAUCUAUGCACCUCCUCUCUAGCUCAAUGCCUGGUCGGCAGAAAUUAUGGAUGCAGGCCGUACAGCAGAGAGUGGCGUUUGCCUCCAACUAUUCGAAUGCCUUUGCCGCCAUCAAGAUGUUGAAUCUGCAUCUCCGCCUGGGACUGAUCAUGCAGAAUCCAGUGCUUACGUUGAGUAUCUAUGCUGCCAUCGCCCUUCAUACGGGUCGUGCCCCCUUGGAUGUGGCUGCGACGUUCACCACCCUCUCUAUUAUCUCUCUUUGGAGUACCCCGUUGUCAAACCUUGUUUACUCAGGACCUCGAGUGGCGGGCGCCCUGGAAAGCAUCCAGAGGAUUCAAGCCUAUCUUACAGCAGACACAAAGCCUGAUCGUCGUACUGCCCAGCCACAGACUGCCACUGCCGCAUCCAAAUCAACCGCAGUUGAAGGGAAAACUGAAACUGCAGGAUACAUUGAGCUCUUUCCAAGCCCAAGCAAACUCGAGAGGACGCAUGUUCCCACGGCUGAUCUAGUUCAUGUGUCUGACGCUGACCUCGGCUGGACAAGCACAUUAGACCCUAUACUAACGAAUGUGAACAUCAGAAUUUCUCCUUCAUCCUUAACAAUGGUCGCCGGACCAGUUGGUUCUGGUAAAAGCACACUACUGAAAGCAUGUCUCGGCGAAGUGCCUUGUCUCAGGGGCUCUAUCCACAUCAAUGUUGCCAACAUCGCGUAUUGCGGUACGAAGACAUGGAUCCGUAACCGCUCGAUUCGGGACAACAUCUGCGACCCUUUCCCGUAUGAAGAAGAGUGGUACCGCACUAUCCUUCACGCGACAGCUCUCGAUCGCGACAUCGAUGCUCUGCCCGAGAAAGACUUACACGUUGCCAUUGCUCGUGCAGUUUAUGCGCGGACCAAACUAGCCAUCUUUGAUGAUGCUCUGAGUGCUCUGGAUGCUACCACCGCUGCUCAGGUCUUUGCCCGCGUGUUUGCUUCUGACGGCAUCUUACGUCGCAACGGAGUUGCGGUGAUAUUGGUGACACAUGGGUGGAAUCAUCUAGCUCAUGCUGACCAUGCCAUUUUCAUUGAUAAAGGAAUGAUCGUUGAGCAGGGACCUCCUCAGAUUCUCCAGAUAUUGCGAGAUCAUGUCAUGCAGAAGGAGUUCAAAGACAUAUCCCUUCAACCAAACAAUGUCGAUCUAGAGCUACAGAAACCCCGGUCCAGCAAUCCAAUAGAUCCUGACGACGUCUUAGCACGUCAUAAAGGAGAUUUGCACGACUAUGCUUACUAUUCUCGCACGUCGGGCGGGUGGUCAAUGAUGCUUUAUGCAGGAGCGCUGGUUGUUGGUCUCUUCAGUGCGCAAUUCACAAGUCUCUGGGCUCAGUGGUGGGCGGAGACGAAUGAAAAAACCCCGUUCGGACAGCUGGCACGGUAUAUUGGCAUUUACACAUUCUUAGCAGUGGCCGCGGCAGCCCUCUGGGCCUACUGCAUGUGGCUCGUCUUCUGUCGCAUCGUCCCCACGUCCUCAAGUCGACUCCACGAGCAUUUGGUAACCAAGGUCAAAGAUGCACCGCUAUACUGGCAUACAUCAACCGACACUGGUGUCAUCCUCAACCGCUUCAGCCAAGACAUGACAAUGUUAGAUCGACAUCCCAACUACCUCGUCCAGUGUGUCAUCAGCGUGGCGUUCAUUUGCAUUGGAGCAAAAUACAUGACCACGUUCAUCCCUGUCACCGUGUUUGUUGUCUACUGGAUCCAGAACUUCUAUCUUCGCUCAUCUCGGCAGCUUCGCCAUCUGGAGCUGGAAGCCAAGUCACCACUGUACACCCAAUUCACCGAGACUCUCGGCGGUCUUAUCACUAUCCGUGCCUUUGGCUGGCAGGGUAACUUUGAGGCGGAGCACAGGGACUUACUGCAAACAUCCCAGCGACCGUACUACUUCCUGUUCAUCAUUCAGCGCUGGUUGGCUCUUGUUCUAGAUCUGCUUGUCGCGGCUCUGGCAGUCAUGUUGGCUGUUUUCGCGGUCUUUGUGCCCAAGAUUGGCCCGAUCGGAGUCUCCCUCAUAUCUCUCAUCACAUUGAACGAGCAACUCGCCGAGCUUGUCAACUGCUGGACAUCCCUAGAUACUAGCAUAGGCGCCGUCAACCGGAUCCGAGGCUUCAGAAAGAAUGCUACCAUGGCCUACGCCCCAACCGUCUCCCCCAUCCUCCGCAACAUAACACUAAGCAUCCCUGCCGGCUCCAAGCUAGGCGUCUGCGGCCGCACCGGCAGCGGCAAAAGCUCUCUCAUCCUGGCCCUCCUGCGCAUGAUCGAGAUCCAAAGCGGGGAUAUCAGUAUCGAUGGCGUGAGCCUGCAAUCCUGUCCGCGUGAUAGCAUCCGCAGCAAGAUCACCGUGAUGCCUCAGGAACCAGUCCUCUUUCCCGGCACGGUCCGGGAGAACAUUACCACGUUCCAGACCACGGAUGAUGACAGGAUCCCCCGUGCUCUGGAGAGAGUCCAGCUCAGGCAGCACGUCGCAGCCCAUGGUGGUCUUGACAAGAGUAUAGAGGACUUGCCGUUGUCGGCGCGCCAGAAGCAGCUGCUCUGUUUAGCGCGGGCUAUUGUCUCGAAACAGAAGAUUCUCCUGCUAGAUGAAGUAACGAGUCACGUGGAUGUUAAGACAGACGAGGCUAUGCAGCGAGUUAUUCGGGAGGAGUUCCGCGGAUGCACUGUUAUUGCGGUUGCGCAUCGCGUGCAUACUUUGGUGGAUUAUGAUCGGAUUGCAGUGUUUGAUGAGGGUCGGGUGGUGGAGUAUGAUGCUCCCUCGGUGUUGCUUGGACGUUCGGGAUCGGUGUUUGGGCAGUUGUAUGACCAGACGCGAUCUGCAAGUCAUUAG